AUGAUAAUUCACACUGGAGAGAAGCCUAACACCUGCCAACGUACUGAAGAAGAAACAGAGUUGAUUGAAGAAAAUGAGAAUGAAGAAUUGAGUGAAGUUGAGGGAAAAAAUCACUUCAAAACUGGAGAAAACCCUUUGAGUUGCUGUCAAAGCAAACAGAUAAUUUUAAGGAAAACAAGAGCCAAGAAAUCUUUCACCUGUACUCAGUGUGGAAAGAAUUUGACAUGCAAAUAUAGUCUUGAUGUUCACACGAGAGUUCUUACUGGAGAGAAACCUUACAAGUGUUCACACAGUGACAAGAGAUUCAGUCAGUCAACAAAUCUGAAAAAACAUGAGAGGAUCCAAACUGGAGAGAAACUGCACAAAUGUUAUCAGUGCGAGAAGACUUUUACUUCAGCGAGCUGUUUAAAACAACACCAGAGGAUCCACACUGGAGAAAAACCUUACAAGUGUUCACACUGUGGCAAGAGAUUCAGACUGUCAGCAACUCUGAAAAUACAUGAGAGGAUCCACACUGGAGUGAAACCGUACACAUGUGAUCAGUGCGGGAGGAGUUUCACAAUAAAAGGAAACCUUUUGGAGCAUAUGAGAGUUCAUACUGGAGAGAAACCGUUCACUUGUGAUCAGUGCGGGAAGAGUUUUGCACGAUUAGCAAGCCUUAAGUUACACAAGAACAUCCACACUAGAGAGAAAACGUACACACGUGAUCAAUGCGGGAAAACAUUUUUGAGUGCUUCAGUCCUGAAAACACACCUGAAAGUUCAUACAAAGGAGAAACAACAUUCAUGUCAUUUGUGUGGAAAAAAUUUUUCACGUCUACAAUAUUUAAAAGAACAUCAGAAAUUACAUACUGGUGUGAGAGAGUACAUGUGCUUUGAGUGUGAGAAGACUUUUACUUCAGCAAGCUGUUUAAAACAGCACCAGAGGAUUCACACUGGAGAGAAACCUUACAAGUGUUCACACUGUGAGAAGAGAUUCAGUGAUUCAGCAAUCCUGAAAAGACACGAGAGGAAUCACACUAGAGAAAAACCGUACAAGUGUUCACACUGCAACAAGAGAUUCAGUCAGCCUGGAAUCCUGAAAACACAUGAGAGGAUCCACACUGGAGAGAAACCUUACAAGUGUUCACACUGUGAGAAGAGAUUCAGUGAUUCAGGAAUCCUGAAAAGACACGAGAGGAUUCACACUAGAGAAAAACCGUACAAGUGUUCACACUGCAACAAGAGAUUCAGUCAGUCAGGAGACCUGAAAAGACAUAAGAUGAUUCACACUGGAGAGAAACCUUACAAGUGUUCACACUGCAGCAAGAGAUUCAGUCAGUCUGGAAUGGAAUGUGGCAAAGUCGUCAGCUGUUAA